AUGGAGGCUUUAGGGGGCUACCCUGUGAAGUCCUCCCGGGCCAGAUCCAAACGCCUCACGGUGCUGCUGAGCAUGACCGUGGGAGUGGGCUGCCUCUUCCUCCUCCAAACACAUCUAUUCAGGCACAAAACGCUCAAGGAUUUUUACUCGUUCGACGUAAAAGACGCGAAGGGCAAGACGUUUUCCUUGGAGAAGUACCGAGGCAAAGUCUCUCUGGUUGUAAACGUGGCGAGCUACAGCGACAACACGGAGGAGAACUACAGGUUUCUCCAGGAGCUGCACCGGGAGCUGGGAACGUCACAUUUCAACGUGCUGGGUUUCCCGUGCACGCAGUUCGGGGACGCGGAACCGGGCGCCAGCAGAGACGUGGAGGCGUACGUCAGGUCUACGUACAGCGUCACGUUCCCGUUUUUCAGUAAAGUGAGGAUUCUGGGCAAAGAGGCCGACCCUGCCUUCAAGUUCCUCACAGAUUCCGUGCAGCAGACCGUGCGGUGGAACUUCUGGAAGUUUCUGGUGAACGCCGACGGGAAAGUGGUGCGAUUCUGGAAGAACUCUGAGUCUGUGGAGAGCGUACGGGAAGAGGCCCGAGCUCUGGUCCGAGAGAUCAUCCUGAAGAGGAGGGCCGAGCUAUGA